GUAAGGCCAUACUCUCUAAUAAAGUAAUUUGGGGUUUCAUUUUAAAGGCAACUUAAAACGAAAUGCUGCUUUUAACCUUUUUAGGUACUUGCAUUUACUUUGACUAUUUCAAUUGUUAUGCUACUUUACAUUUCUCGAGAAGAUUGACAAAUAAUCAAUUUUUUUAAUCAUGCAAAAGUGCAAUAAAAUAUACAUUAAGUACCAAAAAUAAAAAAGUAUACUUAUUAUGUAGAAAUCUGAGUUAUAUUCAACCAUAGAAUUAUUCUUGUAAAAACAAAAGACAUGUUUCUAAUGCUGCAGGUAAGAGUGGCUCUAAUAAAAUGACUAUAUAUUUUUCUAAUUAUAAUUUAUUCUAUGAUUACAUUUUGUAUUCCUGGCAUGAUUCACGGACUUUCCGCAUAGUAAAAGUGGGGGGGUCUAAACUAAUCAUUUGAAAAAGUGGGGGGGACUUGUCCCACCCUCAUAUAAUGGCUGUGACGCCCAUGGUCACAGUGUCAGGCUGGAACUGGACAAUAUCAUGAAGAUCUUCUCUUUGAAAGGAAAACAUUUUUUCACCAUCUUUCUCCUUCUGGUCGUGGCUUUCUUACUCUAUGCACUUCAUAGAACGGACUUCCAGCCCUUCAAGUUUCAGCCUAAACUGAGCUCCACCAUCAUCUACCUGAAAGAUACAACUGAACUUCCCAAAGUCCGCAGCAUCUGCAACUUCCCACCAUUGUCCCCUAAGGAUGCUCUGGAGGAACGCCUGCUACUAGAAUCUGUUGCUUGGCCUGAAACUUCUGAAUUACCAUCUCCUCUUUCCCUGGAGCUGACCAGUCAUCCAGCUCACAGCUCUUUCACCAUUCUCCCAGCGAGGAGAGGAGGACAGUGGCACGUAGGGGAUCAGCUGGAAGUCAGCAUCGUCAUCUCUGACUUCAACGGACAACCCAAGAAGUUUGGGGGGGACCUUUUAUUAGCCCGGCUGCACAACCUAACGCUUGGUGCAGGUGUAGCUGGGCAAGUGGUGGACCAUCUCAAUGGGAGCUACUCUGCUGUCUUUCCUUUACUCUGGGAAGGAGAAGCUCAGGUUGAGGUGACACUAGUUCAUCCCAGUGAAGCUAUCACAGUGCUGAACAGGUUAAAUCGUGAACAACCUGAUAGGAUAUUCUUCAGAAGCCUCUUUCGCUCAGGCUCACGCUCUCAAACCACCAUCUGUAACAUCUGCCUGCGUCAAACCAACCAGACAAUCUGCGACUUCACCGACCCUCGAACCGGCGAUCCUUGGUUCUGCUACAAGCCAAAGAACAUGAGCUGUGAUGCAAGGAUCACCCACAGCUUUGGAGGAUACAAACAAAACCUCAAGGCCAAGGAGGAUAAGCUCUUUCAAGGUCGUGUCAACUUGAAAGUAGGCAUUCCGGCUACAGGACCUGCCGGUGUCACUGUUUUACCAAAAAAGGAAGGUCAACCAGAGGUGAAGAGCAGCAUUGUGAACUUUCAAGCCUCUGGCUAUUACUACCAGGGUUUAUGGCGAGCACUAGAUGGCACCAAAGUUCACCAAUUCACCGGCGCAUCUGCCAUCACUCAGUGUCUAAAAGGCAAAGUGGUCCACCUGUAUGGAGACUCUACCAUCAGGCAGUGGUUUGAGUUCCUCAACGCAGCACUACCAGAUCUUAAGGAGUUUAACCUGGGCAGCUCGAGGCAAAAUGGACCUUUCAUGGCUUUAGACUAUGAAAACAAAAUCAUGGUGACUUUCCGCUGCCAUGGUCCUCCUCUCCGUUUUGGCAACGUGCCAAUUGGGGAAUUUCGUUACAUUGCCAAUGAACUAGAUGACUUAAUCAGGGGUCCAAACACUGUUGUCGUUUUUGGCAUCUGGUCUCACUUGGGCACUUUCCCCCUCGAGGUCUACAUACGGCGGCUACAAAGGAUCCGCAGUGCGGUGGUGCGGCUGUUGGAGAGGGCUCCACAAACGGUGAUCAUCAUCAGGACUGCAAACCCCAAAGCUUUGUGGCUUUAUGAGACGAUAACCAACAGCGACUGGUUCUCGGUGCGGCGUGAUAAGGUGCUAAGAGCCAUAUUUAAAGGACUGAAUGUUCAUCUGAUUGAUGCCUGGGAGAUGGUCCUUGUUCACCACCUGCCAAACAGCCUCCACCCACAACCUCCUAUUAUUAAGAAUAUGAUGGAUGUUCUCUUCUCCUACACAUGUCCUCAAAAGGGCGGCUAGAUAAUAAUAAUAAUACAUUUUAUUUAUCAAGCGCUUUAUCAAGUGCUCAAAGACACAGAGGUAAGAAAAAAGAUAAUAUAAAAAGUAUAUUUAAUAUCGAGCAAUAAAACCACAUUUGUCACAAGGACCUGUCAUCAAUCACACAUUAAAAGCUAGUCUAAAAAGAUGUGUGUUCGUUGUGGGGGAGGAGUGGAGAUUUAAAUCCAUGCUGAGAUUAAAUGUUUCCAUGUGUUUCUAUCAAGUGCAGCAUCUUUCGAACAGUCUAUAAUAGAUUGAUGUUUUCAAAUGUUUUUUUAAUAACUGAAGUUGAGAGAUAUAACAAAUUAUAAUACCCGCCUUAAUAUUAAAUGACAUCCAACAUAACUUCAAAAGUGAUACUGUAUAUUCAUAAAAAUAUACCUCAGAAGAUUUGAACUUUUUUUUUUAAGGAACAGAAACCGGUUAUUUUGAUUGUUAAUGUAUUACACAUAUCAAACAAGACGCUGUUUUGUCAUCAGAAUGAUGAGUAUUGUAUGAAUGUUUACUGUUUUGCGCUUUUAGUUGUGGGUUGAUAAGUAUGAGUUAUUUUUGGGGCGAGAGCCUAAAAGGGUUAUCAAGGGUUAAGAUUAAUUCACACAACAAAAUACUUAAAGGUAGCUAGGUAAAUUUGAGAAACCGGCUCGAGAUCGCUAGAAUUUGAAAAUACACAACCGGAGAAAAUCUGCCAUUUCCUUAUAUAUUGCCACUGUUAUUAUAUUGU